GCGUUCCGGCUGAGGAGAGUUCACAGAGAGCAGCAUGAGUUACAGUGGCUGGACACAGCAGUUUGAGCUAACAAGACGACAUUUCAUACCGCUAUACCCCCAUUUUUUUAUACAGUAAUAUUAUGUUGAAGUAUUUUCUUAAGGCAUAUUCUACUACGUUUUUCCUGUAUGCAUCUAAAUAAGAUGACAGCGCACUAAUUUCAGAGAUAUCUGGACGUCGCGACUGCGAGAGGACCUCCUCUCCCAACUCCUUGCAGUGAGGUGGGGGUACUGUGCGCAUGCCCACGACACCCUCGCUUUGCUAGUUUCCAUCCAGCCUCCAGGUAGGAAGGAAGGCAGGCAGGCAGGCAGUCAGUUGGCGCGCAGCGAGGAUGUCGUCGUGCGACGGCUUGUGCGGGGUGAAGGUGAUGUGUCGCUUCCGGCCGCUGAACGACGCGGAGACGAGCCGCGGGGAUAAAAGCAGCCCCAAAUUUAACGGUGACGACACUGUGGUGGUAGCGGGGAAGCCCUACGUUUUUGACAGAGUUCUGGCUCCGAACAGCGAGCAGGUCCAAGUUUACGAAAUGUGCGCCCGCCACAUUGUCAAAGAUGUGUUGGGAGGCUACAACGGAACCAUCUUUGCGUAUGGACAGACAUCGUCAGGAAAGACUCACACCAUGGAAGGGCAGCUUCACGACACUCGGCUGAUGGGAAUCAUUCCUCGCAUCGCCAGCGACAUUUUUGAGCACAUCUAUUCCAUGGACGAGAACCUGGAAUUCCACAUCAAGGUCUCCUACUUUGAAAUCUAUUUGGAUAAAAUCCGAGACUUGCUGGACGUGUCGAAAACCAACCUGGCUGUCCACGAGGACAAAAACAGGGUUCCAUUUGUCAAGGGAUGCACGGAGCGUUUUGUUUCCAGUCCAGAGGAGGUGAUGGACGUCAUCGACGAAGGCAAAGCCAAUCGCCAUGUGGCCGUAACAAACAUGAACGAACACAGCUCUCGCAGUCACAGCAUAUUCCUGAUCAAUAUCAAGCAGGAGAACGUGGAGACGGAGACCAAACUGUCAGGAAAACUUUACCUGGUGGACCUGGCGGGCAGCGAAAAGGUCAGCAAGACUGGAGCUGAGGGCGCCGUCCUGGACGAAGCCAAGAACAUCAACAAGUCUCUGUCCGCUCUAGGGAACGUCAUUGCCGCGCUUAGCGAGGGAACGAAAAGUCACGUACCCUAUCGAGACAGCAAAAUGACCCGAAUCCUGCAAGACUCUCUUGGAGGAAACUGCCGCACCACCAUCAUUAUCUGUUGCUCGCCAUCUGCUUACAACGAGGCGGAAACAAAGUCCACGCUCAUGUUUGGACAGAGGGCAAAGACCAUCAAGAACACCGUGUCGGUUAACCUGGAACUGACGGCCGAAGAAUGGAAGAAGAAGUAUGAGAAGGAGAAAGAGAAGACUCGCAGUCUCUGCGUCACCGUCCGGAAACUAGAGAGCGAGUUGAAACGCUGGAGAAAAGGUGAGUCAGUGCCCGUGGCGGAGCAGCACUCUAGCGGCAAAGGCGGCGACGCACAAACAGACGGCUCGGCGCCGACGGACGGCUUGGCGCCGCCCCCUCUUCCUCUCUCGGAAGAGGAGAAGACGCGAUACGAGACGCUCAUUGCCGACCUGUACCGGCGGCUCGACGAUAAGGAUGAGGAACUGGACCAUCAUAGUCAGAGGCUGGAGACUUUCGAGCGGCAGCUGAGCCAUCAGGAUGAGCUGUUGGCGGCAAAGCAUCAGGACUGCCAGCGUACACAGGAGGAAAUGUCCCGUCUGCGCAGGGACAACCAGGCGGCCAAAGAUGAAGUGAAGGAAGUGCUUCAGGCUUUGGAGGAACUUGCGCUCAACUAUGACCACAAGUGCCAGGAGGUGGAGAGCCAGAGGCACUGCAACCAACAAGUCAACGAGGAGCUUGCCCACAAAACUGUUAGUUUGGAGGAAGUCCAGCGGGAACUGGUGGCACUGCAGGACCUAAGCUGUCACCACAAGAAGAGAUCGGCCGACAUGCUGGCUCUCUUGCUGAAAGAUUUGGGCGACAUCGGCGGAGCUCUCGGAACUACCGAACUCAAAGCGGCUACCGAGACGAGUGGGACGGCGGAGGACGAGUUCACCGUGGCUCGUCUCUUCAUCACCAAGACCAAGUCGGAGGUGAAGGCGCUGGCGAGUCGCAGUAAACGGCAGGAGGCGGAGCUGGCGCAGAACUUCGCCAAGAUGGAAGCCGACGGCAGGGAGCUCAGCGCCGGACGUCUGGCAGUCUCGCAGCUGCAGCUGAAGUUGGCCUCCUUAACGAGUGACCUUCAGAAGAUGGAAGAAAGCAAACGACAGCUGGAGGAAAGUCAAGACACUCUCAUGGAAGAAGUGGCUAAACUUCAUGCUCGAGAUCAUUUACAGCAGCUGAACGUGUUGGACAAAGAGAAGAAACACAGGACGCAAUUGAAGGACGCCGCAGACACAAAGAAAACUUUGGAGGAGCAGAUGGAAAACCACAGAGAAGCCCACCAAAAGCAGCUGUCGCGCUUGCGGGACGAGAUCGAGCACCGGCGCAGAGACAACAAGCAACUCCGAGAUUUGAACGAGACCUUGCAGCUGGACGUCCGACAGCUACGAGCAGACUUGGACAUGUUGACGCGUGAGGCUUGCGACAGAGAGCAGAAGCUUCAAAAGCUCACCUCGCUGGAGGAAAAAAGACGGCAAGCCAAGGAGGACCUUCGGGGUCUAGAGGAGACAGUGCUUAAAGAACUGCAGACUCUCACCGAGCUGAGGAAAUUAUUCAUCCGGGACAUCGGUGCUCGUUUCAGCUGCCCGGAAGGUGACGGCGACGAGGGCGGAGGCAGCCUGGCCCAGAGGCAAAGGAUCGUCUUUCUGGAAAACACCUUGGAACAGCUCGGUAAAGUCCAUAAGCAGAGAAUGCAAAAAUGAAAAGACUACAGUAAAGAGCAACACCCACCUCCGACACUAAUUCUCCGUUGUUCCGGGAGAGGUGGGGGACAUCGAGUCCGAGUGGGCCAUGUUCCGCACCUCCAUUGUUGAGGCGGCCGAUCGGAGCUGUGGCCGUAAGGUGGUUGGUGCUUGUCGUGGCGGCAAUCCCCGAACCCGCUGGUGGACACCAGCGGUAAGGGAUGCCGUCAAGCUGAAGAAGGAGGCCUAUCGGGCCUUUUUGGUCUGUGGGACCCCGGAGGCAGCUGACAGGUACCGGCUGGCCAAGCGGGGAGCAGCUACGGCGGUCGCCGAGGCAAAAACUCGGACAUGGGAGGAGUUCGGUGAGGUCAUGGAAAACUACUUCCGGACGGCUUUGAGGAAAUUCUGGUCCACCGUCCGGCGUCUGAGAAGAGGAAAGCAGUGCACCAUUAACACUGUGUAUAGUGAAGAUGGGGUACUGUUGACCUCGACUCAGGACAUCGUGAGUCGGUGGGGAGAAUACUUCGAAGCCCUCCUCAAUUCCACCGACACGCCUUCCUUUGAGGAAGCAGAGUCUGGGGACUCCGAGGUGGGCUCUCCGAUUUCUGGGGUUGAAGUCACCGAGGUGGUUGGAAAGCUCCUCGGUGACAAGACCCCGGGGGACGAUGAGAUCCGCCCGGAGUUCCUAAAGGCUCUGGAUGUUGUGGGGCUGUCGUAGCUGACACGCCUCUACAACAUCGCGAGGACAUCGGGGACAGUGCCUCUGGAUUGGCAGACCGGGGUGGUGGUUCCCCUUUUUAAGAAGGGGGACCGGAGGGUGUGUUCCAAUUAUAGAGGGAUCACAGUCCUCAGCCUCCCCAGUAAAGUCUAUUCAGGGGUGCUGGAGAGGAGGGUCCAUCGGGAAGUCAAAUCUCUGAUUCAGGAGGAGGAGUGUGGUUUUCGUCCCGGCCGUGGAACAGUGGACCAGUUCUACACCCUCUGCAGGGUCCUCGAGGGUGCAUGGGAGUUCGCCCAACCAGUCUACAUGUGUUUUGUGGAUCUUGUUGGAUUUAACUCGGGUGUCAGAAGGGGGGCGGGGUCGCCACUGGCAGGUGACCGCUAUGGUGACGCAUAUUAGUGCACACCUGCGUCUGAUUGCAGCACAAAUCAACAGCACUUGUCACCAGCAUGACCCCACUGGUAAGCCACUUUGUUUAUGCAUUAAAUUGAUGUCAUUUAUGUUAGAUGCCUGUUUGAUCAAUCACUCUCUUUAAACAUCUACUUUGAUUAGUGUGCGCGACGCCACAACGGUAGUUCACUGUGAGCCAUUGAGAAAUCACCUACGGUAUACUAGCGUUGAACAAUAGCAUAGGCAAUGUAAGAUAGUUCACUUACAAAUGGGGCGAUGUCAAUGCCUCAAUCCUGGUACUCUCCUAACUCCAUUGCCACAUUGUGUGCGUGCUGAUGAUUGUUGAUUUACGUUAAUACUCUGCCAACACCGACGCUCAACUUCCUGGUUUGGUUGUGGGCAUUCUCUUCCACUCACGCAAUUUCAUCUUAGUAUGUGUAGUUCCACUGACAGCCACCAGUCUGUGCUAUUGGACAGUGCUAGCUCCUUUACUUAAAAACGGGUUACAUUAUAAUUAGUAGAUGAAUUGAUGAAGCAAAAUACAUGUACGUAAAAUAUCUGAUAUAUUUACCAUAAUUACCAUAAUAAAUUAUAAUUUCAUAUUUGCAUAUAUUUAACAUGGAAAAUGAUAAACACUGAUGAUGAUAGGAAUACGUAAUUCUAAAGCCAAUGUGUUGCAGUAAAAUCAUGUUAAGAAUAUAUUGUUUGUUUAAUUUGUACAUUAUGUACCGAUACAGUUUGUUUAUGAUAUUCAUGGUUUACUUUAGGUUAUUACCUGCUGUGCACUGCUGUGAUCUACUGUGUGCUGCUGUACUCAAUAAAAAACGAAAAAUGCAUGGCGAGUGAUCCAUUCGUGCUGAGUGACGAGCCCUAUUCAGGGGGCCGUAAAACGGAAUAAACUGAACAGAUCUGGAGAAGGCGUUCGACCGUGUGCCUCGGGGAUUCCUGUGGGGGUGCUCCGGGAGUACGGGGUACCGAGCCCCUUGGUACGGGCUGUUCGGUCCUUGUACGACCGGUGUCAGAGUUUGGUCCGCAUUGCCGGCAGUAAGUCAAAUUCGUUCCCAGUGAGGGUUGGACUCCGCCAAGGCUGCCCUUUGUCACUGAUUCUGUUCAUAACUCUUAUGGACAGAAUAUCUAGGCGCAGCCGAAGCUUAGAGGGGGUCGGGUUUGGUAACCUCAGCAUUGAAUCUCUGCUUUUUGCAGAUGAUGUGGUGCUGUUGGCUUCAUCAAGCCGUGACCUCCAACUCUCACUGAAACGGUUCGCGGCCUAGUGUAAAGCGGUUGGGAUGAAGAUCAGUACCUCCAAAUCCGAGACCAUGGUCCUCAGUUGGAAAAGGGUGGAGUGCCCUCUCCGGGUCGGGGAUGAGAUCCUGCCACAAGUGGAGGAGUUCAAGUAUCUUGGGGUCUUGUUCACAAGUGAGGGUAGGAGGGAGCAAGAGAUCGACAGG